UAGAAUCCAUAGAGCGCUAGAAUGUGGGGGUUCAUAUGGACGUUAGCUUUGGUUACGACUCUCGUCACAGGGAAGAGCAGCUCCGGGUCGUCCGAGUACCCGACCAAAUCGGGGAUAAAGACAUGGGUAGACCCCGAUACUCCCCGUGAUCGCCAAGUAUACACGAGUUCUCGAGGCCGACAAUGGCAACUGGUCAUGAGCGACGAGUUCAACGUGGCCAACCGCAGCUUUCGACCAGGCGACGACCACAUGUGGACGUCACUUGAUAAACCGGACGGUGUCAAUGGAGCUCUCGAGAUCUACGCACACAACAUGACCAGCACCAAGUGCGACGACGAUGGGACUUGCUACUUUUACAUCGAAGUGGACUCGGACAACUAUACCAUUUCUGUAUACAACAUGUAUACGCACCCGCCAGGAUACAUGAACUCGACAUUCUACUAUCGAGCUGCCAUGGUGCAGUCCUGGAACAAAUUCUGUUUCCAAGGAGGCAUGCUAGAGGUGCGAGCUCAGCUACCCGGAGCCGUGUCAACCGCUUCAGGCAACCCCGACCUGGCACUGGGCAAGAAUGGACAAGUGACUGAGACUUCGUAUUACCCGACUUGGCCCGGUAUCUGGAUGAUGGGGAACCUCGGUCGAGCCAUCUUCUCAGGAUCCACCAACCGCAUGUGGCCCUUCUCAUACGAUCGAUGCGAACCCGAGAUCUUCGACCCAAGUAACCAACGAAUCAGCGCUUGUGACGAUGAUCCUGGCUACGGAAUGAACCCGAACCAAGGGCGAGGAGCCCCAGAGAUCGAUCUCCUCGAAGGUGGCGGCUUGGCCAUCUCGUCAUCACUGCAGAUCGCCCCAGGAAUGCCCACGGACUUUCGUCUCUUCCCAGCCGACGCCAAAGGAGUCGAUGCGACCAAUCCGUACUGCGUGUACGCGUACAACUGCAAGACCGACGGAGCAAAUUUGAUCGACGUUCCAACGGACUUUUACGAGCAAGAGCGAGGCCACAAAUCCUGGUACCAAGGUCUCCGAUACGCGGCAAACAACAAUUGCGCCAAGAAGAAAGCCAACGUGCAGAAUUUCGCCACAGUCAACGCGUCUGUCGCUCGUGGGAUUUCUGAAAACUCGUGCACUACCACGACGUGUCCUGCCUCCCUUGAUGUGAACGGAGACUUGGAUUUUAUUGACGGAACCGGUAAAAACCACUGGGGGAUCAACUCGAACGGCACGUGCUUCCCCAUCAUGAACUCGUACAUGGGCGCGUAUCUGUGCGAUCCCGACAACACCAACGCCAGGUGCACCAGUCCUCGGAACUCCACCACGCCAAAGUCGAACGCGAUGGAUACUUUCAACUACCAGAUGGACGCUAUCUCGGCCAAUUGGCCGAUACAUGUCGGAGCGUACACGGGCUAUCUCGUCUACCAGCUGGAAUGGGUCACGGGUGUGAAUGGAUACGCACGCUGGAUGCUUCAGGGCAGUCCUCUAUUCGAAGUGACGGCUGACUCGUUCUCUAACGUGCCUCAGAACUCCAACAGCAGCAACCCCCAAAAGGUCAUGCUAGAGGAGCCAAUGUCGAUCAUCGUUAACGUUGCGCUAUCGAGUUCUUGGGGCACGAAGCCUCCGAACCCUGGUACUGCCUGCAGAGGAGACGGCUCGGACAAGACAGUCAACAAGAUCUGCGAUGAGUUCCCAAUGUUCAUGAAGGUCGACUACAUUCGACUGUACCAGGACAUGGGGGACGACUUGGAAGCUGACAACUACAUGCAAGUGAGCUGCGACCCAGCGAGUCAUCCGACUAAAGAGUGGAUCCAAGGCCACAUCGACGAGUACCAAGACGACGACAACUUGGCGACUGAAGUAAUCGUGUGGAGAGGCGUGUCGGCUGCAGCCAAGAGGAACGCAGCGGUCACCAAGGCGAAUAUGAUGGCGAAGGGCGAUCUAGAAACUCGAGUCGCCGGAAAUCGCAAUAGUAGCGACGUUUCUCACUUUGUCGAUCUGGUAAUGCUGGGGAUCAAGGCGUUCGUACAGGAGUCGGUGCACGCGCUUCCUCCGUCUCAACUGCGUCUGCUAGCCGAGACGCUACGGGUCGAUCUUCGAGGCUGUGAAGACCGACGAGACAUCGAGCGGGUACUAACGGGUUUGGUUUGUCUGGACCAAGACACGUCGCUUGGAGUUUUCCUCGCGUGGCUCCGCUCUGCAGAUUUGCAACAGCACAAGAAUGCCAGCAAGAAGCAAACGUUCAACAAUACGUUCCUACCAGCGAUCACAGAGACCCGACCCACCAACCAGCAGUCGGAGCGUGUGAAAGACCAUCAUCUAGACGACGAGAUCACGCAGCACUUGAGGGAGUUGGAAGCUCUAGAAGCCUCAUUUAAGAAAGCAGAACGCCUCGUGCACACAGGAUCACCUAGCUUUGAGAAGCUCAAGCGGUUCUUGAUGGAGUUGACGCUACUGCGAGCGAAGGAGCAGAGUGCCCGCGUUUUUCUGGUGCAACAAGUGAGUGUUUUAAAACAGCAACACGCUGAUAUGCGAGCUGAGGUGCUGCACUCUAGAGCUCAGUUGGACUUCUUCGUUGAGGGAUUCACGAACUUGAGAAAGAGACACGACGCGUUGCUGACAGACGCCACGCGAAUGAAAGCUGAGAACGAGUCAGCGCACGAAAUCUUCGUGUCGAUGAGCGCUCACGACUGCUUCUUCGAGCAACUUAUGCGCAACACACUGCGGCAGCAGAUGCGAGAUAACGACGAGGUGACGCGGAGACUUCAGCAAGCGACUGAGGAUCUCGACGCAGCAGCUCGGAAGCGAAGAGAGCUGGAAGAUCAGAUCGCGCAACUUAAACAGGAGCGCGGAGGUGCGCGUAAAGAUGCCUAUUGUUUUAAACGGCAGCUCCGUGUGUGUAAAACACGAAUGAGACGACUGCAGACAGGAGGAGGCGACGGCUCUUUCUUCCGUGAUCAAGCUGUGGAGUUGCGUCAGACGGUUGCCACUCUACUGGGACUUUUACGUGAUGCGGUGGUGCGAGACACAAAGUCACCGAAGCAAGCACUAAGCAAAGAGGCUUUGAGAAUUUUGCACCAAGUGUUGACGCCAAAGAUUAAGUUGCCAGAGAGUGAGGCGCAUUUCACGCGUUUCCAUGGCAAUCAAGAGCCUGCAAGUGGAGAAAUAGACCCCACGCAACCACGAGUUGUCUACCGACAAGCGACUCUCGAUAUCGACGAAGUUGUUAAAGGAGUUUUACUAGUAGAGGGCUCCAGCUACGCUAGUGCACUGCAAAAGCACGUGUCAGCCUUAAUGGCAGCGCAGAACAAGCGAGGCUUUGUCAUGUACAACUGGCCAUUCUCCUCGCGUGACGUGCACUUGCUCACAGCCAUUGGACUGCCCGUCGACAGCGUCAUCAACCUUGAAGUCAUAGAGAGCGCUCCUACAUCUUCCAGCUCCAUAGCAACUUCAGCUUCGACACUUGCAGCGACAUCAACUCCAACUCCCGCUCUGAAGCCUAAGACCCCUACAGUCACGACAAAAGCGCCCCCAGUAAGCGGUAGUAACUCACGAUCCAAAGCUCCCGUUGUCAGCUCCACAGUUCGAGGCAAAGUAUCACCGACGAAGCCAACAGCAGCCUCGAAAUCUCCAGUCAAGCCUGCAACUCGUACAGCAGCUCCAAGUGCAGCAAAAUCUCGAGCUACGAGCCCCACACGCGGCACUAAAGCCACAAUCGCGACACCAAACACCCCUUCUAAGCCCAAAACUCCGACUGUCCCCUUAACUCCAGUCAAAUCUGGUACAAGCUCGUCUCAACUUAAGCCUGAAGCUACCAAAGUUGUCAAGAAGAUUCCAACCGCUGCUUCCUCUCUCCAAGGCUUGGGUGGCAUCUUGCAGUCAGUUGCACCCGCAGCUUUCCCAGCUGAGCGGGUGGACGCCAUUCUACGCAUUUUGGAGCAGCAGAAACGCUGUCGAUUGGCUCCAGUGAUACGAUGGGACGAGGCCACGCGCCAUACGAACGAAAUGCUGGCCAUGUGGGCCGAGGAAGUUCACAUGCUCGUCCAUCUCGAGCAAGAAAGCCGCAAACCUCAGAAAGCGCCGCCGACAGCAGCAGCCAUCCCCGCCAAAACCACCCCUUCACAGUCUGAACGAGCCACAGUCGCUGCCAAGAGCCCACAACUUCAAAGUAAAGUUUCCCAAAAGACCAAUGGAGACGCGUCGUCUGCCGUAUCUCCCAGCGCAAUGAGAACCCACUAUUAUACCCGAGGCUUGGAGCCGUGGUGUGACCACGUCAGCGGCCGCGUGGGCUACACGGGCGACGACUCCUCGGACACAUCCUUCCAGUCCAACGAUGGCCUCGUGAUUUAUUCGCCCCGCAAAACCUCCAUAACUCAAUCCGAUGCGGAAGCGGAUCCGGUCGUGAACCAGACAACUGGCCACGUGUCGGUGGCGAUGGAGAUGCAGGAGGGCGCCGCAGAGCUGGCUGACUGGGUGUUUGCUUGGAGAUGGCAGUGGAUUUGCUAUGGCUUCUUCUCAACGAGGGCUCGACAAUUAUCACGUCUGGAGCGCCUUACGCUUCUGAAUGUCCGCGUGCGUACAGAGGACGCGGAAGCGAUGCGAGCUGUGAUGUUGUCGCAGUGCCCGGAAGAAGAUCUACUAGGUCUCGGACAGCAGGAGCAACAGCCAGAGCCCCGCGAGUUCUCCCUGAAAGCGAACGCAUCUCUACGACAACAGUCAAUGGAUGCAGAUGACAAAGACCUUGGGGGGAACGCGAGUUUAUCAGUAUCUCGAGAGAUACGAGGCGUCAAGAGGCUGGGCACUCAGGUCGACAAAGGCUGGGUGGAUGUGCUAGUUCCAGGCUUUGGCAAGUGUCAAACUCGCCGGUCCAAUCUCGUCCACAAUGAAGCUACACCUGUGGAGGAUUCGAAGGGGUUAUCACUUAUGCUCACGUUUGUGGAAGACCCGGACGAUGAGCUUAUGUGCGAGUUUUUGGGCGUCAUUGGUGGCUCUCUGCGGGACUUAACCAUCCGAGUCUCCAACUUUCGCUCUGCCAUGCUUGAGCGGAUCACUGCGACUUGUCCGCGGCUGACAGAGAUUGUUGUUUGCACACCGAUGCUUGAGGCUCGGUUCCAAGUUCGUGGCAACAGACUGCAUCAUCCGAUCAUCGUACCUUCGACCGUGCCGUCCUCGUUCGAGAACACCAUCGACCUUGUCCGCAGCUUCUCCAUGACGGAUCCCGUUGCUAGAGCGCUACGACGACUACGCGUUUGUUUCCGGAUAAACUACGGUGAAGCCACUACUAGGCCGCCAUUGGAGGAGUGCUGCACUGCACUGCCGGGCAUGCUCAAUGUGAAUCGAACGUUGUACGCACACUCGACAGCGUAG